ACAGUUCGUUUGUUAAACGUCUAGUUGAAGAUUAUCACAUCACAUUUUGUCAUAUUGGUGCUAAUACGCUUGAAUCAAUAUUAUCACGUAAAUACUGGAUUCUGACAGUCAGACGAAUAACUCGAAGUGUAACGUUUAAAUGCGUUCAGUGUUUCCGGGUUCGUCCACGCCUUACUCAACCACUAAUGGCCGAUUUACCACCAGAUCGUGUUAGGUCUUUGCGUCCAUUUCAAGGUGUAGGCACAGAUUUUGCAGGACCUUUUAACAUUAAGACCAGCACUUUAAGAAAUGCUCGAGUAGAAAAAUGUUAUCUUUGCAUAUUUGUCUGUUUGGUUACAAAAGCUGUACACUUAGAAUUGGUUUCUGGACUUUCCAUUGAAGCCUUUGUAGACUGCUUUACACGCUUUGUUUCGAGACGCGGAUUGCCCUCUCUUGUUAGAUCCGAUUGUGGCACAAACUACACUGGCACUGAUAAAUAUUUGAAGGACAUCUAUGUGUACCUGCGGAAUCAUAAUACAGAGAUUAGUCGGGAACUUGCUAAAUCUGAAAUAACAUGGUUCUUCAACCCUCCGAGUAGCCCUAAUAUGGGAGGUCUAUUUGAGGCAGCAGUAAAAACAGCUAAAACGCUUAUGCGUAGAGUUCUCGGCGAACAAAAUCUGACUUUCGAACAGCUUAGUACUUUCUUCACCCGUGCAGAAGCAGUUAUGAAUUCUAGACCAUUAACGCCCUUAAGUUCGGAUCCGAAUGAUUUUGAAGUCCUUACACCCGGACAUUUUUUAAUAACGGAACCUUUGACGGCCUUACCUGAGUAUGACUUUGAGGAGACGAAUAUCGGUCGACUUAAUCGUUUUCAAUUGUUACAACGCCUUUCGCAACAUUUCUGGUCACGCUGGCGUAACGAAUACCUACAUACCCUUCAGUUAAGGCAUAAAUGGACAGAUUCGACAGAUUCGGUUAAAAUUGGAGACCUAGUCCUUAUUAAGGAAGAUAAUUAUCCUCCCUUGCAAUGGAGACGCGGACGAAUAACUAAGUUACUACCAGGCAAUGAUAAUGUAAUACGAGUUGUAGAACUUCGUACUCAAAAGGGGACUCUAAUGAGACCCGUUGCUAAAUUAGCUAGACUUCCUCUUGAUGCUUAAAAUCAACCAAGCUCUACUUGGU